ACGGUGGCUUUGGCGCAUUUUCGGCUGGUUUGAUUCAUCCAUUUUGAAGAGACGGGGGAGCGGGGGGCUCGUCUGAUUAAGGGGCCUGAACCAAGGAGCGGCGGAGUUUGAGAAGCCAGCAGCUCGGGGUUCGGCGGCAGCGGCCCCAUCGGCCGAAGUUGGGGGGGGUGGGGCGCCGAGUGCGCGGGGUGGGGGGGGUCCUGGUCUUUGGCUUCUCGACUCGGUCCUGUUUCGACAGCGAACAUGUCUCGGCCUGUCAGAAAUAGGAAGGUCGUUGAUUAUUCGCAGUUUCAGGAAUCUGAUGAUGCUGAUGAAGACUAUGGAAGAGAUUCUGGCCCCCCAGCUAAGAAAAUUAGAUCAUCUCCCCGAGAAGCUAAAAAUAAGAGGCGAUCUGGAAAGAAUUCACAGGAAGAUAGUGAGGACUCUGAAGAAAAAGAUGUGAAGACCAAGAAGGAUGAUUCACACUCUGCAGAGGACAGUGAAGACGAAAAGGAAGAUCAUAAAACUGUGCGCCAACAACGACAGGCGGCGUCGAAGGCAGCGUCCAAGCAGAGAGAGAUGCUCCUGGAAGACGUUGGCAGCGAAGAGGAGCAGGAGGAGGAGGACGAGGCGCCUUUCCAAGAGAAAGAUUCCGGCAGUGAUGAAGAUUUCCUAAUGGAAGAUGAUGAUGAUAGUGACUAUGGCAGUUCAAAAAAGAAAAACAAAAAGAUGGUUAAGAAGUCCAAACCUGAGAGAAAAGAAAAGAAAAUGCCCAAACCCAGGCUAAAGGCUACAGUGACGCCAAGUCCAGUGAAAGGCAAAGGGAAAGUGGGUCGCCCCACAGCUUCAAAGGCAUCAAAGGAAAAGACUCCGUCGCCCAAAGAAGAUGAUGAGGAGCCGGAAAGCCCCCCAGAAAAGAAAGCAUCUACAAGCCCUCCACCCGAGAAAUCUGGGGAUGAAGGGUCUGAAGAUGAAGCCCAGUCUGGGGAAGAUUAAAAGUGAUGAUGAUUUGGGGAGAGAUUUUAUUAAAAAAAAAAAGAAAAAAAAAAGAAAAAAGGGGGGAAAGAAAACCUACUUAAGAUAGAACAUGGUUUUGGCUAUGGCUUGACUCAUGGGCUUUCAAUGCUGUUUUUCCUUUUAUUGAAAAUCACUUUUUCUCUCCUUUUUUUUUCUUUUUAAGAAAACCAUUGUACGUUUAAUUUGCCUCUCUGUCUAUUGGUCUUCUUUGCCACCGGCCCUCCCCCCUCCCCCAAUGAAAGCCUUGUCAAAUAAUCACUG